CGCGCCCUGGUGGCGAGAAGAAUGAUCCACUCGAGCGAGAGAGCGCAUUGAAGCAGUAAUAUAAUUAGGGAAAAAAAAGUUCCAGAAAAAACAACAACCAAUCUCCAAAUGUACCAAAUUUAAACGAGAGGCACCGGAAAAUAUUCGCAUGCGUAACGAGCUGCAUGUCACUUUUAUUUUGAAAUCCGGAAGCAGCAAAAACAAAACAAACGCCUUGAGAGUCACACAAACAUGCCGGUGGCCCGUGUAUGAAACAUACCUUUUCGAAUGUCACCGGUCGCGUAAUCUUCGAGUUCGCCGGGUUCAUUAAGUAAAUCAAGUGUGCGUUUUCCGUUGUUGGCGGCGAUGAAGAGCUUGGCGGUAUUGCACUCGCAGUUUGCGAGCAUCAUGGAGGCUCUGACCCGGGCCGCCGUGGCCGAAAUGUGCCAGCUGGUGGACGACAGCUACGCCGUCGUCCAAAUGGAGCUAACCCGCAGCCGCGAGGAGAACGACGAGCUCCGCAGGAAGCUGGAGCUCAUGGAGACCAUCAUCGCCCGGGGCUGCGAGGGCGCAGCCGCCGUUUCGGGCGCUGGAAGCCCGGUGGGAGGCAACGACAAGCCUGACGAGGUGCGUUUCCCAUCAUCGGGCCUGGCGGACAGGUCGCCAAAUGGCUGCAACGGGCUGAGAGGACGACCGACGCCUUUGUCGUCAGCGCCGAGCGUAGAAGACACGACCUCGGCUGCAGAGCAGGACACGUCGCGCGCCGGUGUCUUGAGGAGCAUAGAGGACGUGUCUCCGGUCAAACAGGAAGUGGCAAGUGACGAGGACGAUGCCAGCGAGCUGCUGCUUCUGGAUGAUGACGGAGCAGAACUGGCACCUGAAGCCGGUCCCUCCGGAAUGGUCGCCUCCAACUCAUCAAGCGAUUCUAGUCCUUGGGAACAAAAUAAUCACGCGGCACCUCGAGGUUCCCUUGGUUUUCCGGGCCCCGCGGGUCUUGCCAGAGACAUCUCCUCAAAUUUGGUCAGCGACAGCCUAAUCCCACCGGUGAUGGAGAGCUCGGCCUACGUUUCGCAAAGUCCCGACCGGGCUGUGGCUUCACGCGGCCCUGGAGGGGGCGCCGGCGAGCUGGACCUGGGCUCUUCGUGGGCCGAUCGGAGCCUGGCCAGCAUCAUGGCCCUCCACCACCGCCCCGCAUCCGACUUGAACACCGCUUUCCCUUUGGCUCUGGGCUUGGCGGUGUCCCGAUUGGACGCUACGGACCGAAGCCGCUUGUGUGGCGACCGGCGUUUCGUUUGCCACUACUGCGGCAAGUGGUUCUCGUCGGCGCGCAGCCUGGAGACACACGUGCGCGUCCACACGGGCGAACGGCCAUACUGCUGUGGCCAGUGCGGAAAGCGCUUUACGCAAUCGGGCCACCUGAAGACCCACCAGAGCGUUCACACGGGCGAGCGACCGUUUGCCUGCCACUGCUGCGCCAAGCGCUUUGCGGGCAAGCAGAACCUGAGGAUCCACCUGCAGAAGCACCACCCCGGAGAACAACAGGAAGGCUGAGCCCGGCCGGCCGGGCGACCAUCACUUUUUGACGUUUCAACUUUUGACCUCACCAAGACGUUUUGUGAAGAACCGUGUGCGAUUCUUUGUGCGCGGGCGCAUCUUUCUCGAGCCAUUCUUUAGGUUCUUAUUCAAUUUGAUUGCAGUUCUUUUGCUGUGAUUUGAUUCAAUUUCAAGUUGUUUGGUUUUCAAUUCUUUAGGUUGCCAUCUGUUUGAGGAUUUUGCUUUUUUAGGUCUUUGAGGACUUUUUAGAAUUGGAUUCAAUUCAAUUUUGAUUGAAACUCCUUGAUGUAAAUUUGGUAAGAAGUAAAGCGAGCGACGCAUUUUGAAAGAA